AUGCCUUCCAUGGCGAGCUCCAUCCACCCCGACUUCCGCGACGAUGUCACCUCAGCGGAAGCCCAUGCCGUGGACCGGGAAACAGAACGUCUAAUCCAUCAACAACUAGCUGCGGACAACGCAAGUGGCCGUGAAAGAUACAUUCAGCUCGCCAAAGAGAUGCUGCGUAUUAGACUGCGCGCCUACAAGCCCGAGUCACCACCCGUUGCUGGUGCGUGGUGCCUGAUCGGAUCAGCACAUCUCAAGGCCUCUCAGCUGCAGGAAGCAAAGGAAGCCACUGAGAAGAGUCUGGAAAUAUAUGCCGCAGGAAACGAUGCCGAGAAAGAAAACUCCGCGGCAUUGGCGAGGGAACAGUUGGGUUUGAUCUUUGAAGGCUUGGGCCAGAUCUCCGAUGCUAAGAAAAUUCGACUGCAAGGUGCGAGUGACGGAACGAUGGCCAAAACACGUCAACCGCUGAGCUUCGACGGAAAAUGGAUGGCGAUGGCAAAGUCCAAAGACGACGAAGUCAUCUCAGUAACCUACUCCGCGACUUACCGCAACGCUGCUGGUAAUCGAGUGCAUUUGAGCGACAUCGACUUCAAUACCAUCAGCCCGGAGAUUGCCGAGCAAGGCGACCGAGACGGGCUAACAACUACCAACCUCACCCGCACCGCAUUCAAGGUUUGGGAGCAACUUGGCCUCGACAUACCCUCAUGGGAUGAGGUCCAAGAACUCGACAGCAACAAAGUCUCCCAUGCGACGAAGACCGACCGUUCCGAUCGCCCGGACCUCAAGCGACGACGCAACGCCAACGCCGACGAGAUCAUCGAUCUGCAGGCCAGCAACAAGAAGCAGCACAUGAACACCGCUUCCACCCAUUUGAGCGCCGAAACCAAAGUCGCAGCCCAAUCUGCCUUUCGAGACAUAAACACGCCAAUGACGGAACAGCAAAUCGCCGACUUCCAACAGAUGGCGGCCGAAGAGCAUAAGUACGGCGAAGCCCCUACUCUCGCAACCAUCAACGACGCUCGGCAGUGGACUGCAGACACCAAUACUGAUCCGCACGAGGCACCCGCGUUCGACUAUCACAGGCUAGUCGGAAGCCGUUCUACCGAGGCACAGGAGGGAGAUGUUGAGCAGGACGCCAUGAUCAAGAAGCAGGAGCUUGAGGUGGUUGAGAGCAAGGUUGACGCCGGUGAAGAGCUCGGUGGCGAGCGUAGUGGACAUGACAACGGUCAGGCGGACGAUGAGGUUGGAGAAGAGGAUGCUGACGAUGAGCUCGUGACUGUAAAUUGGGGAUUUGGGGAGCGUCGAGUGCCAAAGGUGGAUGCGUAUAUCGAGGAGAUAGGCCCUGAAUUCUGGUUCCAUGCUCUGGAUGUUCUCGGUGAUCGCCUGCACGAGUUACUGGAGCAAUGA